AUGGGUCAUCGGAAUGCCUUUCCGACCGUCCCUUCAUGGCUCAUCGUAUUUGUUAACGCUAAUGAAUGUGCCACGUAUUAUAAUGUGAAAUAUAUGAACUUUGAAUACGAAUAUGACUACGUAUAUGAAUCUAUUUCUGUUUUGACAUCUGAUCACGUACAAGACUCUGUUUCUCACCUCUCUCUAGGGCUGGAUCGCUCCAUUGCAGCCUUAUCUCUUCUUGAUUCCUUGAUUUCCCAGCGACUUUCCGGUAGCGAUUUCGAUCAGCUAUUGCGUCUGGGCGUGAACCUGAAGAAGUUCCCUACAUCAACAGUACCUGCCACAUUUGCCAUUUUGUUCCAUGUUGGCAUUGGGGCAGUUCUCUCACUCUAUCUGCUUUCUUGGUUAAAGUUGGAUUUAUUCACAACGUUGAAAGCGCUUGGUUUCUUGGGGAUCUUCUUGAUGUUUGUUGGACACAAGAUCCUUUCUCACCUUGCCUCAACAUCAGCCAAGUUGAAAUCUGCCUGAGGAAAUGAGAGUUUGUGCUUGCAAAGACAACA